AUGCUGGUGAAACAACACGCAAAAAGACUAUCUCUACCAAUUUUCUUGUUCGUCGCUUUUUCAACCAUCAUCGGCAUUACACUGUUGCUUCUCAGCCUUUUCUUCUCCGACACCUCACCAAACCUAUCCCGUGUACCGUAUGCGGCAGACGAAAAAAUCCUCCUCUUAUUCUGGUCCAAGUUAUGGGGUUUCCCGGCGAGAAAAAGCGAAGGUUUUUUGGAAAAAGGCAUUGGCAAAGGUCAGUGUCCAGUUGCUUGCGAGGUGACAUCUAAUCGUGAUCGAAUCGAACAAGCUCACGCAUUCAUCGUCCACGCUCGGGAUCCGUAUCCUCUACCGCCAAACAAAGACAUCCCUUGGAUCUUAACCACUUUAGAGAACCCCGUUUAUACUCCUGUUUUAAAAAAACAAGAGUACAUGUCUCAAUUUCAUUUACUACGAAGUUACAGAUUAGAUUCCGAUUUCCCUACUCCUCUGUUCAAGAAACCAAAUUUGAACCCUCCUGUACCAUUUAAAAACAAAACCGGUAGGAUUAUCGCCGCAUUUAGUAACUGCGAACCGGUCAGGACCGAGUACCUCAGACAAUUAAUGAGAUAUAUCCCGGUAGAUUCUUAUGGUGUAUGUUUGCAAAAUAAGGCAGGACUCAUCCAGCGAUAA